AUGUCACUCAUAUUCAAACGAUUAGCCUCCACGCAAACCCCUGCAGACAAGAAAGCACAAGCCGCUCAACUUGCCGUGCAAUCAUUGAAAGAUUUUGGCUCACUAUUGUCGCCGUCAUCGGAUGAUGCUACACAACCAAUAGAUACAAAACCAAUUUAUGAAAACCCAAGACUAUUCCCAGACUUGUCUCUCUUGCAUCAAGGGCAAGUUGUCAAUGAAUUACAACUGAAGUAUGAUAAGAAUUGGAACAAGUUGCUGAAAAAAGAUAAGUUGUUGGGGUAUUUUAUCUCAUAUGGUGAUUGGGGUGUGCGAGAAAAGUUUUCCAAUUGGAAUACCGCAUCUGCCCCAUUGGAUCUACCAUUUAGGGUACCAAGUCAUCCCAGGUCUCCUAAGGGAUCUGAUGUGGUUAAACUAUUGAAACCAGUUAAGUUAAGUGAGACGCCAGUGAGAGUUGCUCAAUUUAAUUACAAAAAGAUGGACCCAGCUAGUAAAUUUUGCAUCUAUUUGAUUGUGCUUAUUGCCAUGAUUGCUAUCUACCGAGACAAGAAUAUUGGAGAAGAUGGGAAACCAGUAGAGGUCAAGAUUCAAGAUCGAUACGAAAUUGAGAGACAAGCCAUAAAAGAAGUUGAACCGGUGAAGGAAACUCGAAAAUGGUACAAGUUUUGGUAA